UCGGAAGAGUAAGUAAAACACAAUUGUUUAUUCCGGACACCUAUUGAAAUCCAAAUUUACAAAUUCCACAAACAAACCAAAAUGUCGACCACCCCAACGGUAAACCCGAUGUGGCUGUUGCUCUGUCCGGGCUCGGCUGCCGCUACCUGUUGCAAGACCAUGUUUGUGGACGACAACGAAGUUUUAUUACGGAGAAGGAAGGAAGACAGCCUGCGACAGAAAAAUCCCACCUCCACCCCGACGAACGCCGGCAAGAACAAAACAACCGUGCAGAAGCUGCGCUGGCGCCCGAAGAGGACGUACGAGGACGGCCGAACGUAAGGAUAGUUUGCUUCGGAAUUUUUAUUUGGAUUCUGCAUCUGCUCGCUGUGGCUGCGUGACAGAUUUUGAUGCUCAUGAACCAUGGAAAAGAUAAAUGAACAGAUUACUGCUAUUAACAACACUAUCAACCCCAGGUACGAAGGGCAAUGGUUGGGUUCAACACGACACGGCACUGGGCUGGAGAGAAGUAGAUACGGAGACUUCGUCUACGAGGGAGAAUUUGCGAACGACAAGUACUAUAAUGCUGUAUCGAUUUGUCAUGCAAAAUCGUUGUACUCAAAAUCAUUUUCUCAUGCGAAAAUACCAACCCGGCCGCAUGAAAAACUUUACUGUCAGGUACGAGGGCGUCGGGUGCAUGCGAUGGAGCAACGGAUCCAUGUACACGGGCGACUUCUGCGACAACCAAAAACACGGCCGUGGGCACGAGAAAUACCUAUCAACUGCAAAAAUGUCUGGGUCUGGAACUUUGCUCGACUUGUCAUGCAGGUUUUCCAUGACCAACAUGAUCUGUAAUGGAGGACCUAGCAUGACAGAUUCCGUGAGAUCACUAUCAUGCCUUUCCUGCAUGAGAAACUGCCUCUCAACUUGAUCAAAAGUGGGCAGCAUUUGCUAAUCAUGCAACACAGAUUUUUGCGUGAUUCAGAUUUAGCAUGACAAGUUCCAACCUUCCAGACCCAGACAUUUUUGCAGCGCAUAAUACCCGUCAGGAGACGAGUAUCAAGGCGCGUUCUACCAGGGACUGCCACACGGUGGGGAAUUGCUUUACGUCGUGAUUUUGUUGCGCAUGACAAUGAAUGUGACGAUAAACUUGUCAUCAGAAAAAAGCAACAAAACAAACGCGGAAUUUUCUAAUGCAAUUACGACAGAACAAACACAAUUCGCAAAACAGGUCGGGGUAGCUACAAAAGGAAAGACGGCACGGCGAUCUCUGGUCUGUUUCGCGAGGGAGCACUGGUGGAAGCGGAUUAAAGUCUACCGUGGUACUCUUGCCGCGCGGUUUGAGGUUGAUGGAAAAAUCCGCUCCUGCGCAGAUGACCUCCGAGACCAUACUUUUCUUUUCCGCAUGUUGCUGCAGCCGGACCUGUGUGUGGACCGACGUCGAGGAGCAGAAGGAGAAGUCAUUUGCGCGAUGCUAUCUGGUGCUUGAUCCAGAGUUCAUAUCUCGUCUUUGCGUAAGUACCACCAAAGCAAGACCUAGUACAUUAUAGACAGACAGAGAGCAACAACAUCUAUGUGAUUACUUUGCCAUCCGAAGGAUACUGUAAAACCGAAAAAAGUAUUCCCAACGCAUGUUCCGAUAGACCAGUGAAAAUGUCGCUGAGUUAUAAUGAAAAGAGCUGUAAU